CCCCCCUGGACGUUUCACUUGUUCGUUCCCCCCCUGGGCGUGAGUUCAGCUGGCAGGCGCAGGCACACACAAGCGUCCCCGGCAAGCCUUUUUUUAAACAGUCGAAGGAGCCGAGCAGACAGCACCCACUCUAAACCCCAUAUCAGAAAUCAGCUGCAUCACACAGGACAAGCCUUCUCAGGCAUUGCCCUGCUCAUCUUGGAUAAGAUAGACUGACUACAUCUUUUGCAUCGCUAUAAUAAGAACCAGUUCAUUUCUUCCCUUGACCGAACCAUCAAAAGAAUUUCAACGUGGAUAUUUCAACCUUUGGAGUAACUUUAUCGGCAGAGCUCACAUUUCCAUGAUGGUCUGCGCCGAUAUAAUUGCUUCGUGGUAUGCCUGACUGUGAGAGAGGAUGUGUGAUAGCUCGAGCAUUCCACUAUGCUGCCUCUUGUAGGAUGAACCCUCCCAUAGGAAUGUUCCUUCAUCAGAUUAGGUCACAUUGACAGCCCAGAGAAAGAGGGAAGGGAGGGGGGGAGAGAGAGAGAGAGGGUGAUUGAGAGGGAGACAGCCUCACCUCAUUUCCAGUCAUCGGAGCAAGAAGACAACUCAUCUGUUCACCUGGCGAGAGGACGAGAGAAGAGGAGGGAGAACACAGAGUCUCAGACCGCUAGAGAGUUCCCUAAACAGAGGUAGACAGGGGUGGGGGGGUGGGGGGGGAGAGACCUACAGUGAGCACACACACGCAUGCACGCACACACACAUAAUCCUGUGACUGGGCUCCAAAAAAAAAAAGACAGCCCGGAGCGUUGAGCUGUCACACACACCAUUUGAACUCGGCGACGACCUCAGCACCACCAGACUGGUCCGUGGGGUGAGAGACCACGCAAGAAGAAAAGAGAGAGAAAACAAAAAGAGUCAACAAAACAAGCACGGAACAAGUAGAAGACCAGAAACGGGGACCUUGAGCCUUUCCUGAGAGGUGUACGAGCAGGAGAAGAGAGGGGAGGACAGGAGGAAAGGGGAGGACAGGAGAGGGGAGAAGAGGAAAGGGGGAGGACAGGAGAGGGGAAGACAGGAGAGGAUGCCUGAGAUUAAGUCGAGCGUCGGUCGGACGGGCAGCUACCUGUCCCACUCUGCCUACAGGAAGAUCAAGAGGGUGCUGAGCUUCAGACACAGGGUGUUCGGCCAGCGUCUGGAGGAGACAGUGCUGUACGAGCGGCGCUACGGCGUUCACAUGGCGCCCCUGGUGGUGGAGCAGUGUGUCGACUUCAUCCGGCAGCGGGGGCUGCUGGAGGUGGGCUUGUUUCGGCAGCCGGGCCAGGCCACGCUGGUCAGGGAGCUGCAGGAAGCCUUUGACGCGGGCGAGAAGCCCUCCUUCGACAGCAGUACAGACGUCCAUACCGUAGCAUCCCUCCUAAAGCUCUACCUUAGAGAGCUACCUGAGCCACUGGUGCCUUUCUCCCGCUACCAGGACUUCCUCCUGUGUGGCAAGAAGCUAUCCUCCGAGAGGACACAGGGGUUGUUCGAGCUCAGGUGUCUUCUUCAUGAACUUCCAGUGGCCAACUUCAACCUGCUCCACUACAUCUGCCAGUUCUUGAACGAGGUCCAGACCUUCUCCUGCAGCAACAAGAUGAGCACCCAGAACCUGGCCACCGUAUUUGGACCAAACAUCCUCCGGCCUAAAGCUGAGGACCCAGAGAGUAUCAUAGGAGGUGCGGCUGUAGUGCAGCAGCUGAUGUUGGAGCUGAUCAGGGAACACCAGUGUCUUUUCUCCAGGGAAGGGGGUGCGUCCGGGACCCCGCCUGGCCCCUCGCGCCCAGACUCCUACCCCUGCCGGAGGAGGGGUACAGGGGAAUCCUGGCCCCCCCAGCCCUGUCCUGCCACCCACCAGCAGCGAGCCCCACAGUCCUCCCCCUGCUCACGCCAGCUCUCCCUCCCUCUCAUUGCCGAGAGAAGGGGCUCCGGUCUGAGCCCCAUGUUCCCCUUCCCCCUCCCCUCCAACGCAGACCCGCCACAUUGUGAGGCUCUCUCCCCUGUCAGCCCUGCUGGAGCUCUGUGCCACAGAUACCCCCCCUCCCACACAGACUACCACCUCCAGCCCGGCCACCCAGCCUCCACCAUCCACACCUCAGCCUCUACCGUCACUCUCCAGGCCGACCUGGAGCCGGCACCAGGCCCCAGUAGGAGCACCGGGCUCGGGGGCUGGCCAGGCCUGGAGGGCCCUCACUGGGGGGCAGAGAGAGCCAGCGAGGGGGGCCUGGCUGGCAACACGAGCGGCAGCAGCGAGACUCAGGAGGACAGCACUCUCUCGGUCUACGACAACCUGGAUAUUGGGUCGGUUGAGCUUAAGGGCGAGGUGCGGGAGAGGGGGGAAGACCAUGCCGGUGGCCUCGCUGUCACCAAGCAAGAGGCGGAGCCCGAACCGGAAGCAGACUCCACCAGUUCCUGGUCGUCCUGUGAAGGCCUGCCAUUGGACGGCGGCGGCGCUGUGGGCGCUGAAGGCGGAGUCAGUCCGGAACAGCGCCUAGCCAGGUUCACCUCCUUCAGAUCCAACACGGAAGAUGACGAGGACCCCCACCCCAAUUCCCCCGCCUCCUCCUCCGUCCCCACCGACCCCCCGCUGAGCACGGGGAGCUCAGAGGUGUUCCUGCCCUCCGGGCCCCUGGAACCGGCCCCUCACGUCCAGGCUAUCCACUGCCUGCUGGCUGGCCUGAGACAGCAGAUGGCCCGGCAAAGGGCCGAGUACGAGACUAAGAUCCAGAGGUUGGAGCAGCGCAACGAAGCCCUCCAGGGGGAGAUGGCGGUACUGCGGGCCAACCUGACGCAGCAGCGACGCUGGCACAGCGUGGCCGAGAUCAAGAUUCGCAACGUGGAGCGCGCCCGCUCCGACGCCGACCGGCGCAACGCCACUCUGCAGCGCGAGAUGGAGCAGUUCUUCGAGACCUUCGGGGACCUGAGCGCCGAGGCCAGGAAGGCGGAACGCAUCGUCCAGAGCUUCUGAAGACCGGCGCUAGGGAGGACAGAGAGAUGGACAGAGAGAUUGACAGAGAGAUGGACGGAGAUAUGUACGGCUUUUAUCCGUGCGGCAUCGUGAAGGAGCCUUUUGUAUCCCCAAGACGUGGUUACAAAACAGACACGGAGGGUUUAAAACGCUGAUUCAGGGGUCAUCAUUCAGACCCUUUCUCAACACCUUAACGGUUAGUGAGAACAUUCUCACUAAUGCACCAGCUUGCAAGGAAGAGAAACAAGACAAUUAUUCGAGGAGAGGACCUAAACGAAAAAAUACUUUUACCAAGAGUUGGCUGAUGGUGGUAAAUCUUGACGGCCUUGCUUGACAGAACUGGAAUCUUCCUGGCAACUUUGAGAUAGAUGCAACCUCUGGUUGAAACAGAGAAGCCAGGAUUUGUUUUGUCUCACCCAUAGCUCUCAGCUCACUUCAGACCAGACUACACAAAAACAGAGUGGACCAGGAAGGGGAUCCAGACCAUAGCAAUAAAAUAUCAGAUGCCAGAUAGAGAGAGCACCACAGCAAGGACAGUGUGGGCCUGGCAUUGUGGACUCAAUGACCCAGCCGCAUGUUGGUGACAAACAAAGGUUGACGUCCAAAGGUUGACAUGGUUAAUACUCUUGUCAUGUCAGAAAUAGGAUUCAUUACCCCUGAGUGUUGAGGUCAUUUUCUAUUAGGAGUGUUUAGUAACAGAAAGGGGGUCUUUAAUCAUCAAGUCUUUUCCUGACGAUGGAAAUAUAGAUAUGGAUAAUUCUGGAACGGUUGAAAGACCCGGUCACCUUCUCAUUGAAGAGCAAGGUGACGUGUGCGUUGUAGAGAAAGACUGAGUCUGAUGUACCAGUGAGUGUAGUCCAACGUGUGUAUGCUGCAUUAGUAUUGUUCAGUGUGCUAACUACACACAAGCAACAUUAUUCCAGUUUUCCAUGAGAUAUGAGUCUCUCUUUUGUCCUCUCUCUCUCUCUCUCUCUCUCUCUCUCUCUCUCUCUCUCUCUCUCUCUCACACACACACACACACACACACACACACACACACACACACACACACACACACA